AUGCUUGUCGUUGGACUAACGGGUGGCAUCGCCUCCGGAAAAUCGACUGUUUCCGGUCUGCUGAAAUCAUACUGUGUGCCGGUCAUUGAUUUGGAUCAUCUUGCUCGGGAAGUGGUCGAACCAGGCUCGAGUGCACUGACUGCGAUCCAAAACCACUUCUCGAGCCAGCCGGAUAUCGUCUAUUCCCACAACGGUUGCCUAAAUCGAGAACGACUCGGUGAAAUCAUCUUCAACAAUCCGAGCGAACGACAAUGGCUCAAUAACCUACUCCAUCCAAGGAUCCGUCGCUUGAUGGUCCUCAGAUUGAUCAAGCUGUGGCUCACCGGGACCCAAGUUUGCGUGAUCGACUCUCCAUUAUUGAUCGAAACUGGAAUGUGGAAGUUUUGCGGAAAGGUGGUGAUCGUCUAUUGCUCCGAAGAGCUCCAACUGCAACGACUCCAAAGCCGGAAUGGGCUGAGUAGAGCUGAAGCGAAAUCCCGAAUCGCAGCCCAAAUGGGACUCAAAUCCAAACUAUCAUAUGCCGACCACAUCGUAGACAACUCGGGACAACUGAUCGACUUGGAGAGACAAGUCGAACGAUUGGUAUGGAAGUUUGAGAAGUCGGUUAACAAGUUCAUCUGGCUGGUCGGCUGGUUGGUCCCUCCGGUCGGACUCUUGAACGGCCUACUGACGAUCUUCUGGAGAGUCUGGCUCAAACCUUUCGGCAAAUCACAUCGGAAAAAAGCAAGAUCUCCUCGUCCCCCUUCAACUGCCUAUCCUUCUCAUUAA